UUGUGAUAUAUUUGCUUGGUAGUUCUGAGUGUGAUUUUAUGUUGAUCCUGCCUAGUUGGGAAGUAUUUAUCAAUGGAAGAUGUUGACAACAUGUGUGGUGUGCAAUGUCACAAACCCUGGUAUGAUAAACAUAUUCGAGCACCCCAACAAUUUGGACUAUAUGCUAAAUUUCGUUACCGGCCAUAAGGUGGAGCAAGAGGACUACUUGUGCAUCACAUGCUAUGACGAACUCAAAAUCGCCUUUAAUUUCAAGCAGAAGUGUCAGCAGUCGCGUUUGUAUCGAUCUUCUUCUAACAAAACGUUCGAAGUUUUUGGAAGUGAAGUUGCGGCUACCCUAGGCGACAUCGGAGGCACAUCGUUCGAAAUACCAACAUCGUCCGGAACAAGGACCAAAUAUGAACUACAGUACGAGGGGAAUGAGGAAAAAAUCUCGACAACAAUUCCGGACGAAGAGAAUCAGGAGACAAGUGAGGACUAUCUUCUUGACCAGAAACUGGACGACGAUAACGACGACUUCGAGGAGCUGGUAGAGGCAGGGAAAGGUCUACAAUCAAUAGAUGUUGACGACGAGAAUUAUUCGAUGAUCCAAUCAAUCGCCGCCUCGGAUGAGAAUGAGGAAGAAGUUGAUGAUCAGCCAUUUGACGAACUCGACGAUCAAACAGAGAUAAAAUGCGACCUUUGUGAUAAAACUUUCACGAAAAAGGGCAACUUCCACCGCCACAUGGCGCAAAUCCACUCCAUCAAUAUGAAAAGCGAGCGAAUGCCCCGUGAUAAGCACAGGAGGGGCCCUGUCCCAAAAUAUCCCGACGACGAUAUCUACAAGAACCUCGGCGAACGGCAAUGCGAAUAUUGUUUCGUGACGCUCGCAACAAUUGAACUUCUCCACGAGCACGAAUCUCAGCACAAAGAGGAGGAGCGACCGUACAGGUGCAACCAGCCGAGUUGCACUGCCCGCUUCAAAGAUCGCUACAGUGUGAGGAGCCAUGUGCGGAUCCAUUCGGACCAGAAACGAUACAAAUGCCGCUUUUGUAGCCAAGGUUUCCACCAGCGCGGUAACCUAAAGGCGCACGAACGUUGCCAUACAGGCGAGAAGCCUUUCGUUUGUCCGCACUGUGGGAAGGCGUUUGCAGAAAAUGGGAAUCUAAAGUCUCACAUACGUUUUCAUACGGGCGAACGACCUUAUUCCUGCGACUAUUGCUCGAAAAAGUUUCGCACGCAUUACUCACAUAAAAUCCACGUUCGUUCCCAUACGCAGGAGCGACCGUUCGAGUGCGAUGAUUGCGGAAAAAGCUUCAACUGCUCGGGCAAACUUCGGAUACACAAGCGAAUUCACACAGGACACAGACCGUACAAAUGUGACUGCGGAGCGUCGUUUAUAGAUAGUAGUAGGCUUAAGCGUCAUUCCAAAACACAUAGUGAAUAGGAGUAAUAAAUAAUU